AUGAGGAAGUGGGAUGGAGAACCUGCCUCGGUCCUAGAUGCACGGACAUCACAACCUUCAGCUGCUGCUCAAGAGUCUUGCAACAUAUGGCAUGUGAACUUAGAAGCCAUUCCAGAGUGGGUGAAAUGCGUCAUUGAAAAGGCACAGUGGACAAUUGGAAAACUGCACUGUCCGUUCUGUGAAGUCCGCUUAGGGGGCUUUAACUUUGUUUGCAACACAAAGUGUUCCUGUGGACAGUUAGUAAAUAAACAUUUCUGCAAGAGUCGGACUGACUAUCAGCCAGCUUUCUCUGUCAAAUUGGCAAAAUCAGGAAAACACCUCUCCAAAAUUCAGUCUGGUUUUAGCGAGGAUACUCACCAUGAAGUGGUAACUGCAACUUUGGAAAUCAAAAAUCAAGGGCUUUCAUACGUGGCCAGAAAUAAUAAUGGUACUGGAAGACUAACAGAAGCACUUUGUGUAGAAGUAAGAGCUCCCAGAUUUGAGAUGAAAAGUAAAAAACUUCACUUAGAGGCAUUAAAUCAAAAAAGAAAUCUUUCUGCUUCCUGUCCUAUGAAUGAUGCAUGCACUGUAAAACCUUUUCACAGAAGAUCACGUAGUUUGGAUUUAAAUAUCAGAGAGAGACUUGUUUUGUCGCCUGCAUUAUGUGAAACUUCCAGUAUGGGAAUGAUUUACCAUGGCCAAAAUGAAAAUCCACCUGUUUACACACGAAGUGGCUUGCGAUUAGAGUCCAAUAGGAAAGAUGGUAGUGCUUUUCAGGACCAAUAUAGUUCCAAUGCUGACAAACUACAAAAAAGGUUUCAAGUUACUUCCUUUACCACAUUAGUACAUAGAGAAACAGAAAGUGAGUUUGAUUUUGAAGUUACUGGACAAUCUUCUGGGAGUGCCAUUGCUGAUGGGUCACCUUCUGUGAUGAACCUUUCUUCAUCUACAAGUGCUGUAGAAGAGGAACAAUGCAUCACACCUGUUGGGCUUGUGCAGCCUACUAGUAUUUCCUUCAACCAAAAGCUGAAUAAGAGAGAAAGAAACAAAUUGAAAAGCUUAAGGAGAAAACAAAGAAGGCGAGAACAGUGGCUACAGAAAUAA